UAGGUAUGGUGGCUUUUAGAAUGGGAAAGCAGACCACCAUGCCUUCAGGUCUGAUAUAUGCAUCUGUGCGCUUACAUGUGGCCAAAGAAGAUAAAUCCAAAAAACAGCUAAUGAGACCAGACCAGUUCCCCAUAUAUACUGCACCUCCUCUCCAAUCUAAAUAUGUUGAAGAACAGCCUGGUUAUUUAGAAAUGGGCUUUGCAUCCAUCCGGAUGACAACUGUUCAUUAUAUUAGCUGGUGUAAGAGUGUUUAUGUGUUGGUGAAGAAUGGGAUAAUGGAAACAGUACAAUUUGGAAAAAAUGCAUAUGUCUAUCUGAAGAAUCUGCCUCAAGAUUUUCUUCCCAAAAUGGGAGUGAUUACAGCUUCAGGAUUGGCAGGUUGGAUUUCUGCAAGGAAAGGUUCUAGGUUUAAGAACAUAACUUAUCCACUAGGACUGGCAACACUAAGAGCAACUGUCUGCUAUCCAGCUCAGUCAGUGAUAAUUGCAAAGGCAACUGGCAAAAAGGCAUUUUCCAUAAGCCAUCAGAUUUUUGAAGCAGUUAAAUCAUCGUGGACCAAAAGUCAAAAAAAAAAAAAAAAAAAGAUAGAAUCACUUCUUGAACCUAAAGAAAAAUCUAAGGUAGGAAGCACUCAUGAAGUAGAAAUACUUGGAAAAACAGCUCAUGUUCUGAAACAUUCAGUGCUUUCACCACCAAAACUCACCUCUGAAACAAAGACCAAAUCAGAAUCCACCUCAGGUUCUACACAGUUCAUGCCUGACCCCAAGCUCAUGGGCCAUGGGUAG